GUCAUUUUCUCCAGCAAACAAAAUCCAUCAAACUCUCUCUCUCUCUCUCUCUCUCUCUGUGUAACGCUCAUCAGCUCUGUACUUCCUCCUUCCCAUUUCACACACUACACACACACCACAAACACUCACGGUCUCUCUCUCUCUCUCUCUCUCUCUCUCUCUCUUGCUUUCUCUCUCUCUAAAUGGCUGAAUCUCACUCAAGAAGAUGAAAAUUCCCAGCAAGCCCCGCCACCCCUCGCCGACAUUCCCACCACCAGACUCGGAUCUUCACCCACCCAGGCCCAGCAGCGCUCGCAGAAAGACCCGAGCUCCCGGUUCGGCCCGGUUGAAGCGGGCCGGCCUUCCGGCCGGAAAGCGGAGCCGACCCGAGACGCCUCUACUCAAGUGGAAGAUCGACGAAGGCCACGAAGACCACCGCGGGGAUAGAAGAAAAGACCAAAAUGCCCCUGAGGAGGAGAGAGAAGAUGGGGGGAAGAGGAAGAGCAGGAAGGGAAGAGAGGUCGCCAUGUCUGCCAGGAAGCUCGCCGCCGGGCUAUGGCGGCUGCAGUUGCCGGAAAAUGUUUCGGGUGUACCAGGGCGGAGUGGUCAGCUAGGGUUUCAGCCUGACGUCGGCCAUAUCAGCGUACCGUUUCUCCGUAAUCGCAACAGCAAAGCAUAUGCUUCUGAAGCAAAUGAUUUUUUACAAAGCCCUAGUUCUACCUCAAGGAAUGGAUUCUUGUCCAAGUUAUCCAACUCUGCCAUGGAGGGGCAAACAAAAUGGGAUCCUGUCUGCUUGAAAACAUCAGAUGAGGUACGACAAAUUUACAGCCAAAUGAAGCUUCUUGAUCAACAAGCAAGUGCUGCAUCAGUGGCAUCUGUACUUGAAGCUGAGUUAGAGCAGGCUCGAGCUCGAAUUCAGGAGCUUGAGAUGGAUCGGCGUUCCUCAAAAAAGAAACUCGAACACUUCUUAAGGAAUGUCAGUGAGGAAAGGGUUUCAUGGAGGAGCAGAGAGCAUGAGAAAGUCCGUGCAUUUAUUGAUGACAUCAAGGCUGAACUGAACCGGGAAAGGAAAAAUCGUCAGAGAACUGAAAUUCUCAAUUCCAAAUUGGUUAAUGAGCUUGCUGAUGCCAAGUUAUCAGCAAAGCGAUACAUACAGGACUACGAAAAAGAAAGAAAGGCGAGAGAAUUAAUUGAGGAAGUAUGUGAUGAGCUUGCUAAGGAAAUUGGAGAAGACAAGGCUGAAGUUGAAGCAUUGAAGAGAGAAUCCAUGAAACUCAGAGAGGAAGUGGAAGAGGAAAGGAAGAUGUUACAGAUGGCUGAGGUCUGGCGUGAAGAACGUGUUCAAAUGAAGCUGGUUGAUGCUAAGGUGGCAGUUGAGGAGAAGUAUUCUCUGAUGAACAAGCUUGUGGUAAAUCUAGAGAAUUUUCUGAGGUCAAGAAGUGCAACCCCAGAUGUGAAGGAAAUGAGAGAAGCAGAGUUUCUUCGACAGGCUGCUGCUACCGUGAAUAUUCAAGACGUCAAGGAUGUUUCUUAUGAACCCCCCAAUCCUGAUGAUAUCUUUUCCGUGUUCGAAGAGGUUAAUUUUGGUGAGCCUAAUGAGAGGGAGAUUGAGCAAUGUGUUGCCUACAGUCCUGCUAGCCAUGCUUCCAAAAUUCGUACUGUGAGUCCCGAAGUCAAUGGAAUCAACAAGGACCGGAUCCAAAGACAUCCAAUUGCAUAUGUUGGUCAUAAUGGUGAUAUUGAAGAAGAUGAGAGUGGAUGGGAAACUGUGAGCCAUCUUGAGGAUCAGGGCUCAAGCUACUCACCAGACGGGAGUGCCCCAUCUGUCAAUAAGAAUCGCCGAGAGAGUAAUGUCUCAGAGAGUGGAACAGAAUGGGAAGACAAUGAAGGUGAGGAAACACCAAUCACUGAAAUCAGUGAGGUUUGCUCGGUACCAACAAAGCAGAUUAAGAAGGUAUCAUCAAUAGCAAGGCUUUGGCGAUCCGGCCAAAAUAACGGGGACAACUACAAGAUAAUCUCUUUAGAGGGAAUAAAUGGCAGGCUUUCGAAUGGAAGGAUAUCUACUGGGGGUAUCGUAUCUCCGGAUCGGGGUUCAGGUAAAGGUGGGCUUAGCCCCUCUGAUUUGGUGGGGCAGUGGAGUUCUCCCGAGUCAGGGAAUCACGUUCGAGGAAUGAAAGGGUGCAUUCCUCUUGGGGCGCAGAAGCAUAGUUUGAAGGCAAAGCUUUUGGAGGCAAGGUUGGACAGUCAAAAAGUUCAAUUGCGUCAUGUGCUUAAGCAGAAGAUCUAGAAGUAGCAAGGCAGAGCUUGCUCAUCCAAAAUACUCACAAACCCGGACAAAAAUAAGUAGUUCCAUUUCUCACCGUGCAAGGUACCAACUUUCUGCUACUUGAAACUGCUCGCAUGCGGUGGGGAUGAAGAGUCUGAAUAAUGCAGAUGGUAAUGGACUCACAUCUUGUUUCCCAAUUUACACCCAUAAUUAUGCUAUGCUUACAGUUCCAUGAUAAUCUGGAUGAACAACCAGGCUAGGUUAUCUUGUGUCAUAUGAGGGGCUGUUGGUUCUGCUUGUUUUGGGGGUCUUUGCAAGUGAUCCAGAAAUCAAGUCAUAUUAUUUGUAUCAUUUUUAGUCUAGAGGACACCAUUUAAGGAAAAUGGGAGACAAACGAAAACAUUUCCUUAUCUGUAAUAUGUAUUUUGUUAUGAGAAAUGUUCGAUUUAGUUUCUUUUAGGAAA